AUGGAGGGGUCAGAUGAGGAGGAGGAGGAGGACAACGAAGAGUUCCUGCAGCGGCUGAUGGCCCAGGCCGGGCAGGAGCUGCCGCAGCAGGAGCUGGAGGAGCACUUCGAGGUGCUGCAGGAGCUUGGCAGUGGCACCUACGGGCACGUGGUGCUGACCCAGCCCCGCCACGGGGGCUCCGCAGUGGUGCUGAAGCUGCUGCUGAAGGAGAGGACCUCGCGGAGUGGGUUCCUGCGCGAGUACUGCGUGGGGAGGUGCCUGGCCGGGCACGGAGCCUGCCUGCCCGCCCUGCCCAUCGCCUUCGAGACCAGCACCCACUUCGCCUUCGCCCAGGAGCUGGCACCCGCGGGGGACCUCUGUGCCCUGCUGGACCCAGGGGAGGGGCUGGCAGAGGAGCUGGUGAAGCGCUGUGCCACGCAGCUGGCAGCGGCUCUGGACUUCAUGCACGGGCACGGCCUGGUGCACCGCGACGUCAAGCUGGACAACGUCCUGCUCUUCGACCCCCAGUGCCAGCUGGUGAAGCUGGCAGACUUUGGGCUGACCCGGGUGCAGGGCUCGGCCGUGGGGGCCAUGUCUGGCACCCUGCCCUAUGCCCCCCCGGAGCUGUGCCAGCUGCAGGGCUCCGAGACUCUGGAGCUGGACUCCAGCCUGGACGUUUGGGCCUUCGCUGUCCUCCUCUUCUGCCUCUGCACAGGCUGCUUCCCCUGGGCGGUGGCUGCCAGCUCUGACCCCCAGUUUGAGGCCUUCAGUGCCUGGCAGGAGGGUGGGGAGGGGCAGGAGGUGCCAGCAGCCUGGCAGAGCUUCAGCUCCGGGGCGCAGGAGAUGCUGCGGCGCCUGCUGAAGCUGGACCCCGACCGGCGCAGCCCUGUCAUAGAGGUGCACAAGUACCUGGCCCUGCCCUGGGUGGCAGCUCCCAGGGCCACACAGAUGCCACCAAGCGGUUCCCAGAACCCCCUUACAGGUGGCACAGGAGGGCAGGGCACUGCUGGUGGGGCAGAUGUGGUUCCCAUGCCCCCUGCUAGUGCCCUGGCACCAUGCUGGUAG